AUGGAAAUCCACCAGAUACGCAACCGCAGGCCGUUCCUAGAUCAAGAAGGACCACCCGUACCACCAAAACCAUAUGCUUCGAAUGCACCUUCAACAACGCAUGACCGUCUCACGCAUGACCGUCUCGCAACUGUAACCUCCUCUCGGGAUGCAACAUCCAAGCCACUCCCACCAGUCCCCGGGUCAAGACUAAGUCGUGGGGCUAGAAGCAAAGUAGAAUCAAAGCCGUUACCAAAACCUCCUAAAAGCUCGAUUUUACAGUCGACGUUUCUAUGGAUCUUAGGAUUUGCAGUCUGGUUCCUCCUAAUCGUGAUCUUGCUACCUGUGGUCACGGAGAAAGAUGCGAUGCCAGGGUUCAACCGAUGGCUUCGGAACCGGUUCACAUGA